GGCGGCAACUGCGCGGGGCCGCGGGACUGGGAACAGUGUUCACUGUCCGCGACGCGGACACUUCACAGGACCAUAGCACAGGACACAGGACGUGUAUGUUCUCAGAACAUACACGAGCCAGGCCCAGGGGCUCACGCAGAACAAUCUCUCUGGAUGUGGAGCACAGGACCAAGAUCUGCACCUGCCCAGGUCGGAACAGAGCAGCAUGAGUUAGAGCUCCCCCUGCAACCCGUCAGCACACCUUCAUGAGCCCGCAGAAUGAGGUGCACGCCCUCUCUGAGCGCCUCCUCGUAGCCUCUCACAAGGGACAGCUCCAGAAUGUGGUUCACCUCAUCAACAAGGGAGCGGAGGUGGCAGUGACCAGGUUUGGCCGGAGCCCUCUGCACUUGGCAGCUCACAAAGGGCACAUUGAGGUUGUGCACGUUCUGCUUAGAGCUGGCUGUGACCUGGAUAUCCAGGAUGAUGGUGGGCAGACGGCACUGCACCGGGCUGCUGUACAUGGGAACACUGCAGUCAUCAGCGCUCUGCUCCAGGAGGGAUGUGCUCUGGACCGGCAAGACAAGGAUGGAAACACCGCUCUCCAUGAAGUGUCCUGGCAUGGCUUCAGUCAAUCAGUCAAACUGCUGGUCAAGGCUGGAGCUAACGUUCACGCCAAAAACAAGGCAGGGAAUACAGCGCUGCAUUUGGCCUGUCAGAAUGGACACACUCAGAGCGCCAAGGUCCUGCUGCUGGGGGGCUCCCAGCCCGACACACGCAACAAUACAGGGGACACGUGUCUUCAUGUAGCAGCACGUUACAACCACCUGCCCAUUAUGCGUAUACUGCUGGGUGCCUUUUGCUCAGUGUCAUACAAAAAUCUGGCUGGGGACACGCCACUCCAUGUCGCAGCUGCUCUUAAUCACAAGAAAACAGUCAGUCUGCUGUUGGAGGCUGGAGCUGACAGUCGCAUUUGCAACAGUGCGGGCCAUACUGCACUAGACUUGGCCAGAGAGCACAACAACCCCCAGGUGGCGCUUCUCCUCACUAAAGCACCACAGAGCUUUGUCCGUGGCAGGAGUGCCAGGAAGAGAAGAGAGAAACUGAAGGCUGAGGGCCGAGCUCAGUCGGUGCCCAGAGAUGAAAUGCUGCCCUUGAAGGAAAGUGGCUCUGCAGCAGAUGACACGCCUAGCAGCGAGUUGGCAUCUAAAAAGACUGAUGAGAUCAAACAAGCCAACAGCAAACAGACUAAAGACAAGAAAGACCAGGGCAAGCAGUCACUGUCUGACCCCUUGCGACGUAAAGAGGCCAGACACAGCAGCACUCUCCACAGGCGAAAAGGAAAACUACGAGGAGUGUCCCCUCACAAUUCCUUACCUCCUCACAACUACAAGGCCUACCAGCUGUACACUCUAUACCGUGCCAAGGAUGGCAGGGUUAUGCAGGCACCAUUGAGUGGCUGUCGCUGUGAACCUCUCAUCAGCAAACUAGAGAACCAGCUAGAGGCAACCAAAGAGGAGAUGAAAACUGAGGUCCAUGCUGUCCAGGACCUGAUGAACGCAAAGUUAGGCCAGCUGGACUGCAGCAACAAGCACCAGAUACGAGCUCUUGAAAAGCUAACCCUGGAGAGAGUGUGCGCCGAGAGGAGCCAGUGUCUGCAGAGGAUUGACCAAAGGGCCAUUCAGGAGCGUCAGGAGAGUCACAAGCGGCAGGUGUCUCUGGUGAAUGAGCUGAAGGGCUGGUGUCUGUCCAAGCUUCAGAACAUGGACCCCGGCUCCUGUGAGACUGAUGGUCCGAGUGAAGCAGCCGUGCUCACUCUGAUGCCUGACACAACUAGGACUGAGGCCUCCCAGGCUGGAGCUACAGGUACCAGAACUCCAGAGGCAAGAGCAACCUCUGCUAACUACUUUGUGGUCCGUUUGGAUACAUCUGCAGAAGGAGUAGAUGUAGCCUCUGAUCCAGUAGUGCGGCCCAAGCAGCGAACCAUGCUCUCCCCAGACCUGAGGAAGGACAAGGACCAGGCAGGUUCUGAUCUGGACAGCAGCAGAAAGCACCGUGCCAGCAGCCUUGACAGAGCCAAGAGCCGCCGGAAGCACUCCCAGGGCAGGAUUAAGAGUAGAGGAGGUGUGGAGGUGUUCAGGGAGCAACCUGAUCUCUCGCUGAGUCAGGAAAGGGACAGGCAUGCUGUGCAAGUGACUCAGCACUUGUUUGAAACUGUGUCCAUGCAGAUGGAGCGCUGGUAUGAGAGGAAGCUGCAGGAGGCCAGACGGCAGGCUGAGCAGAAGGCUCAGGCUGACCGCGCCACGCUCCUAGACAGAAUCACACACCUGGAGGAUGAGCUGCGAGUGCUCAGAGCGCAGCAGCACUGCAGCUGAUACAGCAUGUGCUAGCCUAGCAUGUAUUAGCCAUGUGCCCAUCAAAGCUGCCAUUCUACUAUGCCUACUAUUCUAGUACUGCCUAGACUCAUAGGUCCCUCUGAGGAGGGUGGAACAAGGCACAGUGGACAAAGAAAUGCCAGCUCUAACAGUUGAAGGACGGCGCUCUCAGAAUCUGGACCAAACAGUAGUGAUUAUGCUCCAGCCCACAACUGAACACAGGUAUAACCUUCAGAAGCAGAGGUGUUUUAAGAUUCAUUUCAGUGUAACAGAUGUAACUAACCUCUGUUGUAAAGUGAUUCAAAACAGUUUGACCAGUGUUUAAUAGAGGGACAAAAUAUAGUUUUAGCGAUGCAAGUAGAAACAAAAGUGAAACAUUAGAUUUUUAGUACAUAUUAAGUUACACUCAUAUUCAGCUAUUUUUAUAACUCAUUUUUGUGUAUUGUGAAGUAUUGAUGACAGUGAAAUUGUUUUGAUAUGAGGUAUUACGUUUUGAUGAAAAGUACAGUAGAAUAAGCUUGAAGUGCAGAGACUAACAGGCUUGCACUGCUGAAGGGUAACUUCCCAUGUUUUUUUUCUUCAAAUUAAUUACAUGAAGCGUGUUUAAUAAACAAUCCGGAAAGCAUUGUUUUUAUUAAAAGAACCUGCUG